CCUAGCAACGCGGAAAUGGCAGCCCCCGCAGCAGUGCGCAUGCGCACAAGACAUCUCGGCCCCGCCUAUGUGUUGUCUUUGCUGCCGUCACUUCCGGCUCUUUAGAUCUGUAUCCGGUCUGAGGUCACAGCCUCCGCUGUGCGGCUGCCGGCGGUAAUAAAAAUGUCAGCACCAUCAAUGGAGGAAAGGAAGGCUUGCUGGGGAGCCAGGGAUGAAUACUGGAAAUGCUUAGAUGAAAAUAUGGAAGAUGCUUCUAGGUGUCAGAAGCUUAGAUGUUCUUUUGAAUCUAGGUGUCCACAGCAAUGGGUAAAAUACUUUGACAAAAGAAGAGACUUUUUAAAAUACAAAGAACAGCUUGAAGCAGGAGAAUAUCAGCCUCCUGGGACUACUGAAAAGUCAUAGCUACACAUCAAUUUAUUGAAACACAAUCAAUGAAAGAAUUUUAUGGAAGAGUAAUCUUAUGGAAGAGAAGUACUAAAAGAGGACAAGAACUCCUUGAGUUAAACCUAACUGGUAACCUGUACUGUAUCGCUAGAAAUUCAUGCUGCUUUCCUUGUUGCAAUGUCUCGCUUUUAUGCGAGAACAGUAAUUAAACGAAAGACAGUGACUAAGUGUGUGUAUCAAAGAAAUAUGGUGUAUAAUUUUUCCUAUAUCUGAAUUAUUUAUCGUGUAACUAGGAUGAAAAGCAGUGUUUCCCAGAAAUUAAUGCACUGAAUUAUAAAUUUAUAUUUUAGGGAGAAUAUUGAACUGUUUUCAAACUUGACUAUUUUUUCUAUGCAUGUGAACUAACUUUUCUAAAAGGCUCCUGCAUCUUCCCUUCUCUAUGAGGAUAAUGUGUAAGUGAGCAGGUACACUCUGCUAAUUCUUUGAAAAAAUUUUGUGAAUCAUAAAUUAAUUUCAGCUGUCGGUGUGUGGCAAGAUUUUAGAUAAAGAUCAAGAGGUAUAAAUAACUGCAUCUCUUUCUUA